GAGUCUCUCUCUGUCGCCCAGGCUGGAGUGCAGUGGCGCGAUCCCGGCUCACUGCAACCUCCGCCUCCCAGGUUCAAGUGAUUCUUCUGCCUCAAUCUCCCGAGUAGCUGGGACUACAGGCGCGUGCCACCACGCCUGGCUAAUUUUGUUUUUUGUAUUUUUAGUAGAUACGGGUUUUCGCCAUAUUGGCCAGGCUGGUCUUGAACUCCUGACCUUGUGAUCCGCCCGCCUCGGCCUCCCAAAGUGCUGGGAUUACAGGAGUGAGCCACCGCGCCCAGCCCCUGCCCUCUUUUUAAUUCCAAGAUUCAAACCCGGCGUUUUGCGCUCCGCCCCUCCCCCUCCCCACGGCCCGCCUAUCAUUAGCCAGACUGCACGGGUGUUUUGUACGCCCCCUCCCCCCGUCCCUAUCGGCAGAACCGGAGGCCAACCUUCGCGAUCCCUUGCUGCGGGCCCGGAGAUCAAACGUGGCCCGCCCCCGGCAGGGCACAGCGCGCUGGGCAACCGCGAUCCGGCGCCGGACUGGAGGAGGCGGUGCGCGGCGCUCUGGUGCGCACAGGGGACGGAGCCCGGGUCUCGCUCCCCAUUGGCCGCCACCUCGGCGGGAGGGGCCGCCUCCGGCUCGUGGCACCUGGCUUCGCCCCUCCGCGGGGAAAUCGGCGGCUACCCGGCACGGGCGCCUGGAGGUAAAGGUACCCGGGGGUGGGGAAGGCCCCUGGCCGCGGCCGAGCUCCCUGCCACCGGCCCUGUCCUGCUUGCCGCCCCAGCGCCUGCGACGCUUGGAUGCUCCCAGCUCCGGCCGCGGCAACCAGAAACUUUGCCCCUCGAAGUCCCCCGCCUGCCUGACCGCACCGUGAGGCGCCAAGUCGGCCGCGCGCCCCCCGGGGCCCCGGAACCCCGCGAGUCAUUGCCUGGCCGCCCCGUACCCCGCGCCCGAGGCGCCGGAUAGCCAGGAUGCGCUACGCGGACCCCUCGGCCAACCGGGAUUUGUUGGGGAACCGAACUUUGCUCUUCAUCUUCAUCUGCGCCUUUGCUUUGGUGACCUUGCUGCAACAGAUCCUGUAUGGCAGGAACUACAUUAAGAGAGGCCUCCAGUUUGGUUGGCAGAGUGGUGACCAGCUGACCAAUUGGACGGGGCUCUUUAAUGUCACGGAUGAUCCAGCAGUGCAGAGCGGCAGUGACUCCAGCUCCAGGUACUUUGAAUUUUAUGAGGGGCCUUUUGAAUAUAACUCCACAAGAUGCCUGGAGCUGAGGCACGAAAUAUUGGAAGUGAAGGUGCUGUCCAUGGUGAAGCAGUCAGAGCUGUUCGACAGGUGGAAAAGCCUCCAGAUGUGCAAAUGGGCGAUGAACAUCUCUGAGGCCAACCAGUUCAAGUCUACUCUGUCCAGGUGCUGCAACGCCCCUGCCUUUCUGUUCACCACCCAGAAGAACACUCCCCUGGGGACAAAGCUCAAGUAUGAGGUGGACACCAGUGGCAUCUACCACAUCAACCAGGAGAUCUUCCGCAUGUUUCCCAAGGACAUGCCCUACUACCGGUCCCAGUUUAAGAAGUGUGCUGUAGUGGGCAACGGAGGCAUCUUGAAGAACAGCCGCUGCGGGAGGGAGAUCAACAGCGCCGACUUUGUCUUCCGGUGCAACCUGCCCCCCAUCUCAGAGAAGUACACCAUGGACGUGGGGGUGAAGACGGAUGUGGUCACUGUGAACCCCAGCAUCAUCACAGAGAGGUUCCACAAGCUGGAGAAGUGGCGGCGGCCGUUCUAUCGCGUGCUGCAGGUGUACGAGAACGCGUCGGUGCUGCUGCCUGCCUUCUACAACACGCGCAACACCGACGUGUCCAUCCGCGUCAAGUACGUGCUGGACGACUUCGAAUCGCCGCAAGCUGUCUACUACUUCCAUCCGCAGUACCUGGUCAACGUGUCGCGCUACUGGCUCAGCCUGGGGGUGCGCGCCAAGCGCAUCAGCACCGGCCUCAUUCUGGUCACUGCGGCGCUGGAGCUCUGUGAGGAGGUGCACCUCUUUGGCUUCUGGGCCUUCCCCAUGAACCCCUCGGGCCUCUACAUCACUCACCACUACUAUGACAACGUCAAGCCGCGUCCCGGCUUCCACGCCAUGCCCUCCGAGAUCUUCAACUUCCUGCACUUGCACAGCCGAGGCAUCCUCCGCGUGCACACGGGCACCUGCAGCUGCUGCUGAUGGCUGCCAGCCAGGCUGCCCGGCAAGCGGCGCCCGCUCUCCUGCUGUCCCUCUCGGUGGAACUGGGAGCCCCAAACCGGGCAGCGUGGGGGCCUGGCGUUCAGGCUGUCUCUCCCUCCAUUGUUCAGCUCUGUACUUGGAUCCUGGGGUGGGGAGGCAGGGUUAGGAACCGGGGCAGAGUCAGCUCUGUGCUGAGCCUCCUGGCCUGGCCCCCACCGGUGCGUUCGCCCAGUGCAUCCACCUGCCCUGGCUAGCAUGCUGCUGGGCCACACCCCAAGAUCAGGGGCCCUGGGGACGGCAAGUGAAUAAAGCACAUUUCCACCCAAUUUUGUCAUCCGAGAGAGAGCACAAACUGCAGGCCCUUGUUGCAGCUGAAGGAAGGCCCUACAGAGAAUGGAAUCGAGAGUGGAGACAGGACACUUCACAGGACACUUGAGCACAGUCAAGAUUUUAUUCACACUUUUGGUUCCUGAGUUUUAUAUCGAAGACUUAGCUAUGAAUUGCUAUCUAAAUCUCAGAGCUUAGAAGCCAACCCAGUGACUUCACUUCCAGUGAAGAAAGUGAUCUCAAGAGGUCCAGGGACUUAACAGCCAAGCCACACCACCCGACAGAUUCUUCUGUGACACCGAGAGAUCUAACGCAAGGCCUGGUUUAUGUCUUAGUCGAGACAUCAUCAUCUGAGAAGCACCACAUCCUUUCAGACACAUCCUCGGACACACAUGCGGUCUUGGUGCCCCCAGGUUCAAUCCUGCGUUAGCUCUUUUGAUGAGAAGGAAAUAAACCAAACCAGCCACUUGCACUAUGGCUUCCAAGCCAAUGUUAUUGACUCAGUAAGUGCUUAGCAAUUGGCUUCCUCUUUUGUCUCCCUAUUUUCAGCUCCAUUUAAACCGGGAGUUAUUUAUAAAGACCUCUUCCUCUCAUGUCUCUGAAUCCUGCAGAAUCCUGCUGUAUCGUGUUCCUCAGUCGGAACCAUAGGCUCUGGUCUGGAAAGCACUGACAUGUCAGGCAGUGAGCUUAGCAGAGAGAAACGAGUUGUGGCCUCCGACACCAGCAUCACUGAGGCUUCCGCUGUGAAGGCGGGACUUCUCACAGCAGACCCCAGGGCCUGGGCUUGGGGCAGUCAGCUGGGCUUAGGCAGAGAGGGGUUCACAUAUCAUUUCACAUCUGAAAUUAAUUCCCUUUGCUUCUCCUUGUGGUGUUUCCACCAUAAAUGGGAUGGUGUCUUAGAGACACUGUUGGUGAACUAACUGCCUUAGAACUUAGCUUUGUGGAAUCAUAGGAUGUUAGUGCUGGGAGGAGGACUUCAGCCUACCUGCCUGGCAACCUGUCUCCCUACCUCCUUCCUUUCUCCCUACCUCCUCCCCUUUCUCCUUCCCUCCCUUCCUCUUUUCUUCCUCCCCUUAAACAUUUCUGGAAAGUCUAUUCUGCUUUGGUCUGUGGUUGGACUUAGGAAGACAUAAGGAUAAACAAAGGCAUUAUCUGUGUCUUCUGGGGGUGCAGGGCCCAGAGACUAUAGGCCCAGUCCCACGUGCUGGGUGCUCUGGGAGGGUUAGGAGCUGUAAGAGUCUAUCAGUGAGUGGGAUCUGCUAUCCAAUCACCUCAUUUGACAGGCCCCCCGGCUGAGCCAGUCAGGGACGUGGAGAGCGCAGGCUUUAUCCCAGGCCUCCAGGCUCCUGAUCCAGGGCUCCGUUCUUGGCCAAACUUUUGUGUCUUGGCUUGGGCAUCCUGUGGGUGGGUUGUUGUGGAACCUGUGCCCUGUGCACAACACUGUUCUCAGUGCUGACUCUCACCUGCAUUCUGAGCUCUGGUCCUGGUUGGGAAAACCUCAGGUGGCUCUGAGUCUCAGUCUGCUGGUCAGGAAUGUAGGGGAGUAGCCAAGGGGAUGAAAUGAUCCCAAACACCUGCUAAACCGGGAAGAACUGCAAAGGACAGUGGAUGGUUAUUACUUGCUUGAGCUCUGCAUAUUUCUCCCAGGGAGGGAAUUUCUGGGAAAGAUUCCAGUUAACUGAGAUUUCUAGCCACUGCAUGGUUAAUUGAACCCAGUUCUUGAAACCAUGGAAUAUAAAAACUAGAAGGUUCUUAAAGACCAUUUUGUUCCACUUUAGGUAACAGGCCCAGAGCAAAGAUGUGACUGGGUCAAGUCAUGCCUGGGGCUCUACUGAGUGCCUGCUGUGGACAGAGCCCUCUACUGGAAGCCCUCUGGGUACUAGUUAUGUUCCAGAUGGGCUGUGUUUGGGGGAGGCUCCCUGGUGACACAGACAUUAGGAUUCCCACAGCUGAGGGUGUUGCAGGUUGGAAUCUGCCCCAGCCAGGGCCCUCGUAGGAGCUGAGGAUUGGAGCAUCGGGAUCCAGCCCACAGAGGAGUUGGGACACCUGGCUGCUGGCCAUAUUCCUGCCUGUGGGUCUUAGGGCCAGUCCUUCCUCUCCCUCAAUGUCUCAGUUUCCUCAUCUCUACAACUAGAAGCUUUGUAAAAAUCUUCAGGGUCUGUACAAUGUCCUUAUUUUGGGGGGACAUUCAUGAUGAAUGGAUCUAAGCCAUAAUUAAUAUUUCUUAUUAUAAUAGCUAGCAUUUAUCAAGCUACGUUAAGCACUUUCCCUAUAUUAUCUCCUGUAAUCAUCACGAGACCCCUUUGGGUAAGGAGGCUCCCAUUGUACAGAUGAGGAGACAGAGGCUUAGAGCAAUUCCAGGACUUGCCCUUGGUCAGGCACCCAAUGGAGGGAACGGCACCCAGUGGAGGGAACGGCACCCAAUGGAGGGAACUGCACCCAGAUCUGUAGAGCCCCAAAGUCUGUGCUCCAAACCUCUGUCUUAGCUUCCCAGACAGAGACACCAGAACAUGAGGGAUCCUGACCAAGAUGCCCCUGCAGGAUAGUACGGGGCCCUCCUCCAGGGACAAAUGCUCUAGGAGGCUGUCAUCGUCCGGGAAGCAGCCUGUGCUUAUAGGUGCCUCUCCCUAACCCUGCCGCCUACAGCAGUAGCGACUUACCCACAGUGGCAUUGGAGGGGAACUGAGGCCAUCGUCACAUUUUUAAGGUGAGGAAAGAUGCCCAGAAAUAGCACAUGUUAAGUGACAACAUGAAUGACUUGCCCAGGGCUACAUGGCCAGCUUGUGGCUCAACUGGGACUCACCAGUCUCCUGACUUUCAGGAUAUAGUUUUUCUGCUGCAGCCAGUGUUUAUAAGAAAAACAUUUUUUCAAAGGCUCAGAGAGACCUGGUGUUGACUCUGGAAACCUUCUGCCGUGUUCCUCCACAGCCCUGUCACCACGCCACCAUGCAGUGCAGACUACCCAUUGAAUUAUUAUUUAAGGGAAAUCGAUUCCCCAUAAACAAAACAACCAUCAUGUCUUCCUUUGUGCUAAACCCACUGCUCCAGGCUUGAAAGGCAGCAAAAACAAGUAAAUGACUCAGUGCUUAGCCAAGCACAAAGAAAGGUGGCUCAAGGUCAGAGGCAGCGUCUGAGACCAUUUCAGCAAUGCUGCGGCGGCAGCUCUGCCCACUAAUCACCUGGUGCCCAGAGACAGCAUGUUUUCAUCGCCCUUGACUUUGCUGAGAGCAGGGAGGAAGCAGAGCAGUGCUUAGAAACAAUUGAGGCAGAGUAGAGUGCUGGCCAAUUUAGUGAGUGAAUUGGUGAAUAAAUUAUAUUUAUUGAGUGCUCAUGUUGUGCCAGCCAUGGUGCCAGGUGCCGGGGAACUAGUGAUGAACAAAACGUCGUCCCUGCCCUCUGGGAGUUUGUGGUCUGGUGUGUGUGUGUACAGAUGUUAAAUGAAGAAUCCCACAAACGUACGUGGGAGCUGGUUGUGCUGAACACUGUCAAAUCCAGUCUCAGGGACAGUUAUCUCGGAGAGGAGGAGGAGGGGAUGACCAAAGUCAAUUCCGAAUUCUGAAGGUUGGCAGCAUAAAAAGUGUAAUGAGCAAAGCAGCAGAUACUUCUCAGAUAUCAUCCUUGACAUCCGUGUAACAUUUGACAAGGUUGGCCUCUCUGGUCUUUUUUGUUUGUUUGUUUGAGACAGAGUCUCCCUCUGUCACCCAGGGUAGAGGGUGGUAAUAUAAAUAUGGCUCACUGCAGCCUCGACACCUGGGUUCAAGUGAUCCUCCCACCUCAGCCUCCCAAGUAGCUAGGACCACAGGCACGUGCCAUUACUCCCAGCUAAUUUGAAAUUUUUUUUUUUUUUUUUUUGUAGAAACGGGGUUUUGCUAUGUUGACGAGGCUAGUCUCAAACUCCUGAGCUCAAGCAAUCCUCCUGCCUUGGCCUCCCAAAGUGCUGGGAUUACAGGUGUGAGCCACUAUGCCCAGUCUCUCUGGUCUUUCUAAAGUCCUCUCCUCUUCUGUUUUCUAACUAUUCUUCCCUGACUUUCCUCCUGUCUCUCUGAAUGCUCCUUCUCAGGUUCCUUUGUGGAUUCAUCUUCCGUGAAGCUUCCUCAGGGUUCUCUUCUCCUCCUAGGAGCAUUCCUGCAGAAAUCUCAUCUAUUCACAGCCUUAAGUAUCUUCUGCCCUGGCAUCUUAACCCCUCUACCUGCAGGCCAGUCCUCCCUAGGAGCAUUGGAAGCAUGCUCACUCUGGCCUCCUGCAUGUCUGUGUCUGCACAGCAUCUCAGACCUCAACAUGUCUCAACUGGUAUAGUUAAAAGAACAAUCUGAACUCAGAGUCUCCUCCUACUACUUCGUAGCUGUGUGAACUUGAGGGAGCUCCAGAAGCCCCUGGAGGCUCUGGACUCAUCAUCUGAAAUGAGGACAGGAUACCAACCACAACAGCUGUUGCAAAGCUAAGUGAAAUAGUGUUGCACAAUGCCUAGCACAGUGCCCAGCACAAACUAGACACUAGCAAGCACAGGUUGCCUUGGCCCAAAACUUGGAUCACCUUUGCCUCUUCCUUCUCCUUCACUCUUUAUGUCUAUUUGUUCACUGUAUCUUGUCAAUUCCAACUCAUAAACAUCCCUUUAAGUCAUUCCCUCCCUGCAACCCCUCUCCUACUGCCCUAACCCAGACCCUCUGAUGGAUCUUUUUGCUUUCAGACAAUAACCUUCCAAAAAUACCGUUUGUGGGGCCCAUUGCCUGACUGUACCAUAAACUUCAGGUUCUUUACCAAGUCAUGCAGGGAAUGUCCCAAGCUGACUUACUCACCUUCCCAGAGAUCCUCCUGCCACCUCCCUGCCCUAUCCCAUACUAUUCCAGGCACCUUUGCACACUCUGUUCAAACACCUGGAAUGGCCCUCACACUCCUAAGUUCCUCUCUCCUUCCUUUUAUCUGGCCACUUUUGCAGAAGUCAGGUAAUGGCCCCCUGCAUCCUCCCCUCUAGAGACCUGGGCUGGGCACUCUCUCCUCUGUGCUUCUGCUGCAACCAUCACCGACUCCAUUAGGACAUCCUCACAGCACACAGCAUAAGGGCCUGUGUGUCCUUGAUAGAAGGUUUGCCUUCUCCCCAAGGGAAGACACGAUAUCUAAGCUCAUUUUGUAUUGCCAGCACUGGCGGGAAAGCACAUGCCAUGGCCACUCAACACAUGUUUACUACAGUAACGAGGUCUCUGGUUCCUGGGGGACUCCAGCAGUUCAGGAUACCCCGCUAAUAAACUGAGUAACACCUUGGGGAAAUUGUCAGCUGAGGAGAGUCCUCUAUUGAUUUUUUUACCUAGCACAUCCCAGGAAGGCAGAGACUCCUGCCUGUUCAGGGGAGCUUGGGGCUCAGGAGGCUGAAAUGUCUGUCUAGUGGGGGCUUAUGGGCUUGGCUAGCCCCUCUUUGUUUUCCCUCAUUAUAAUCCUGCUCAUCUGCUUUUUGCUGGCUAGCCAAUCCUUUUUCCUCUAGUUUAAAUGAAAGAAGGGAGAGACAUUUUCUGUGUUUCUUCUUGUCUACUUCUUCCCUUCCUCAAAGCCACACAAACAUGUCAGGCUCUUACAUCACUGUGGCUGAGGUGCAGCCUGGGAAGCAAUGUAAGAGGGAUUUAUCAACGGUGUUUCAAAAACUAGAGGAACAUGCUGAAUGCUUUGGCUGGGAAACAGGUGAGCUGAGCUUUGCAGGAUGUCUGCUCCAGAUGCGCAGGGGAAGACCAGGAGCAUGAGGUUGUUUCCUGGGGGAAAAAAGGUGCUGCUUCUCUGAGCUCAACACACACCCUGACCUAGUCUCCUCCCUGUAACCAGAGCACCCUCUGGGAAGAGGCUAACUGUGGCUCAGGGGUCAGGUGAGGCCAGGCGAGGGGUGCACCAGUGGCCAGGGUGUGCCUUGUGCUAUUGUUUAGAGGUCUAGUCAAAUGAGACCAGUCUGUGGAGGCUGAUUCCAUCCUACGGGGCAUCCUAAUAAACCAGUGUGAUCUUCAAAGGGUAGACUGGAUAGAUCUACAGUGUGAUCUUCAAAGGGUAGACUGGAUAGACCUACAGUAUAGAUCUACAGUAUAGAUCUACAGUCUACCCUUUGAAGAUCACAUGGGUUUAUUAGGAUGCCCUGUAGGAUGGCCUUCUGAUGGCCUGCAUCAGAAUCACCUGGGUGCUUGUUAAAACUAUGGACUGAGAAGCUGGGGGAGAGGUGGCGCCUGAGAAUCCGCAUGUGUGAGGCCCUAUCUGUUCCCUGAGCAUACAACUGCUUGUGGUUCAGAAGUUGCCGCCAGUUGAGUGGCCAUGUAUGGCUUGAAAUUCAGACUGGAGCCUUGAGUAGGAAAAGAAUGAAAAGAAGAAUUUGGCACACAACCCAACUUCUGCCUUUUCUGUACAUACAAAUAUAAUAUAUAACCCACUAUGUACCUAGCAACAAAAGUCGUGCUCGGGAAUCUAACAUUUACAAAAUUGGUUUUGCUUUAACACAAACAAAGAUUUCUUUUUCAUUUGUAAUUAUGGUAAAAUACACAUAACAUAGAAUUUAUCAUCUUAACCAUUUUUAAGUGUACAGUUCAGUAAUGGUAAGUACAUUCACACUGUUGUAUAUUCUGUCUCUGGAACUCUUCUCAUCUUGCAAAACGAAAACUUUAAACCCAUUAAAUGACAAGUCUUCACUUCCCCCUUCCCCAGCCCCUGGCAAUCGCAAUUCUACUUUCUUUCUCUAUGAAUUUUACUGCUCUAGGUCCCUCAUAUAAGUAGAAUCAUAUAAUAUUUGUCUUUCUGAUGACUGGCUUAUUUCACUUAGUAUAGUAUACCAAAGACUUUUUAGAAUCACUUAGGUGCAAGCAGCUCUCAAAUGACAUUAACUGUUUUGGGUGUCCCUAAAGCAGAAAUCUGAUUUUUGUUUUUGCCUUGGGCAGUUGUCCUGGGCUGGUCGUUGGCCCCUGGCUUCCUGAGACCUUGGCCCCUUGCUGAGGGAGAGUGCAGACCUGGCCUUGCUCUGCCACCUGGGCUCCACCGUCCUGGCCAGCAUGUCCUGAGAGACAAUAGCCUUGCUGAUCUUUUAGAAGUCUUUAGACAUUUUCCCCUGCACAGUCUCUUCUGAGAACCUUUCUUUUUUUUUUUUUAUUUCAAAGGAAAAAAACCAAAAGCAAAAACAUACACUUCCAUGACUUAGCUGUUGGCCACAAAAGCCAGAAAUCAGUGACUCUCUCUUCAGUUGAAGAUGGUUCCCAAGGCAACAAAUCUCUCAUUUCCUUCAACUAAAUGAUCUGCUCAGCUUUGGGGUAAAAGUUCUGUUUUCCCUAACAUUGCCAUUUGCAACCUUGUGUGUACAUAGGAAUCACCUGGAAGCCUUUAUAAAAUAAUCCCCAAGCCAGUUCCUUAACUUCCUGGAGAAUCUGAUUCUGCAGGCCUGGGGAUAGGGCCUGAUAUCCUUAUUUUGAAAGAUCUCAUUAAGUGGUUCUGUCUCACAUGGUUGGGAGUCAUUACGAUAAGGCAGGCAGUCUAUGCCUUGGUGCACGCUGUAGUCGUCUGAAGAGCUUUAAGAAAUACUCGUGUGACCCCACCCCUUGACAUUCUGAGUCAGGUGGUCUGAGAUGUGACCUGAAUAUUAGGAUUUCACAAAUUCUCCAGAUGUUUCUAAUGUGCAGCCAGCCUUGAGAACCACUAUUCUAGGUCAGCAGUUCUCAAACUGGAGCCUGCCUCAGAAUCUCUUGGAGAGCUCUUUGAUUAUGGGCCCCGCCCCAGAGUCUUAUUUGGUGAGGCCAGGGUGGAGCCUCUCUAACAAGUUCCCAGGUGAUGCCGAUGCCGGUCCAGGGACUGCACUUGGAGGCUCAUGGCUCUAGAUGAUCCUUUAAUGAGAUUGGCCCUGUUCUGCUGCCCUGUUCUUUUUCCUGGUUGGGAGUUGGUGGACCCUUCCUUCCCUCAGUCUGACUCAGGCGUGAGACUUCUUAAAGGUACCAGCUUUUCUUUUUCUGAACAUUUUAGCAUUCAGAUAAAUAUUAUGACAUAUUUUUAAAGCAAAGUAACAUAGAUUUCUUCUCCUGGGGCUAGGAGCCUCAGAGUCUGCCUGAAUUAAGAAUUUAUCUGUGCCUAAGAUUAGGAUGCAUUUUGUGAUCUGAGCUAAGGGGUUGGUGGGUCUGCAGCAAUAGGUUCAGCCUGUGCCUGGGUGAGGGUCACCUUGUGACUGGCGCUGGGUAGGAUCUGAGUGCCACACACUUGGCCCUCUAGCAUGGGGAGGACCUGUCUGGUCCACCUGGGGGAAAGCCUGGUUUUCUGAUGCAGACCCAGCCCUCUGCCCACCUCCACAUCUGUGCACAAACAUGGAAGGUAGCAAUGAGGAAACAUACCACAGCACCAGGACUGCCAUGAGCCCAGGAGCUAGGGUUAGAGCCUCACUUCUUUAUGCAUUUCCUUUUCUAUCAUACUUUGGAACAGGCUUGAGCUGAAACCAGAGAGUUAGUACCUGGUUUCUGCCUCAAUCUAUUCUCCCUCCUCCAAAGAUGCCCCCACAACAUGGGCAACUUCAACCCCCAUGAGAGCUCAGAAUUCCACAUUCAGCCACAAAGUUGACAAGAGCCUCUGGAGAUCUCAAAGACUUAUUAAAAGUGGAAAUGGCUACUGUUUUACUGAGGCAGGGUGAAAACACAACUCACUUCCUAGGAUCGAACCCAGCAAAUUCACUCAGCCCCCAGGUAACUGAGGACUCAGUUGAAGGAAAAUAAUUUUGAGCCCCUGAAAAUAGAUGCUAUAAAGCUGUGUAUCAAGGGCCAACCAUUUUGCUAACAUCACAUAUCUCAUGGCAUUUGCUUUGAUUUUAAAUUCAGUUCUAGUGAACUUGGUUCUGAUUUCUAAUGACAAAGCAAACUAAGAGAAUGAUGACAUGUGCUAGAUAAAGCAAGAAGUGGCAGCUAAUAGCCUAAAUUGUGAUGGCAUUAAGAAGACCAAAACUAGUUUACUUGUUCAACGACAGCUUGUCUUUGGAAAAAAAAAAAAAAACUACAUUAAGGAUAAGAAAAUAUGUCCAGGCAUGGUGGCUCACAUCUGUAAUCCCAGCAUUUUGGGAGUCUGAGGCGGGAGAUCGCUUGAGCUCAAGAGUUGACGACCAACCUGGGCAACAUGGCAAAACCCUGUCUCAAUAAAGAAUACAAAAGCACACCUGUAGUCAGUCCCAGCUACUCAAGAGGUUGAGGUGGGAGACUGGCUUGAGCCCAGGAGGCAGAGGUUGCAGUGAGCUGAGAUCAUACCACUACACUCCAGCCUGGGUGACAGAGCCAGACCCUGUCUCAAAAUAAUAAUUAAAAAAGACCAAAACUAAAUACAUAUCUCAGGAACCAUCAAGUAGCCUGAGGUCGUUGGUCAUUUAGUGGGGAAGAGAGGGAGAAUAUGUUAUAAUAACCCCGGAAGCAACACAGCAUUUCAGCUCAGUUCACCCUGUGACAUCCAGGACAUGCAGAGGUAAAAAAGCGUUCCAACAAUGUUCAAUACACUGUCUAAGAAGGCAGGGCUGCGUUUUAUCCACUUUAGAAUUAUUUCCAUCCCCAAACACUUAAAAUGCUUUCACAAAAGUGUUGGUGCUUAAAAGAUAAAUGCUCAGUGACCUGGAAGUUCACAUAAAUGAAACGGUUGAUGAUCUGAUGAUGAAGGAUAGGUGAGAUGGGUAAACUCACUCUUUUUUUUUUUGGAGAUGGAGUCUCACUCUGUCACCCAGGCUGGAGUGCAGUGGCAUGAUCUCGGCUCACGGCAACCUCCGCCUCCCAGGUUCAAGUGAUUCUCCUGCCUCAGCCUCCCAAGUAGCUGGGAUUAUAGGCGCCCACCACUUUGCCCAGCUAAUUUUUGGUAUUUUUAGUAGAGACGGGGCUACCAUUUUGGCCAGGCUGGUUGUGAACUCCUGACCUCGUGAUUCGCCCACCUCCUCCUCCCAAAGUGCUGGGAUUAUAGGGCCACCGCGCCUUGCCAAUCUCACUCUUUUGAACUUAACAUUUCCCCCCUGACAUUGGAGACUCUCCUGCUACCUCUCUCCUAAGAAAAAAGGACAGGUGGUGGGGGGACAAGCCCCUUCCACCUUCCCAUCUCCAAGGGACUUUGCAGUGUGGGUGACGGUGUGGCUGGUCAUCCUCUUUCUGCACCUCUGAUUCUGCUUGUGUUGUCCUUAUUGUGUGGGGCAGGAGGGUCAGGACUUCAGCUAGGGGUGUGCUGGCUCUGCAGUGACUCAGGCCUGGGUGUUUUUUGGUGAAUUUAAAAAGAUGACCAUUUCUGGGGGAAAGUGACACUUUUACUCUCUCCACACCUUCACCAUCCAUUUUCUUACUGGACUUCGCGCGUUCCUGCAAGGAGGACAGGGCAGAGAGUAGCAACCCUCCUUGCCGAGGCCCAGAAAGAUAGCGUGGUGUGCCCAGGGCACCCAUGGUGGGUGGUGGACAUCUCCUCUUGGGUGCCAAGGCUUCCUCAAGGUGGGAGGAACUGGAGGGCAGGGGAUGGUGGCCAGUGUCCCGCUCUAGCCCUCUAGGGCACCUUUUUCUCCCCUCUGAAGUUGUUAGGCUGAUCUGGAGUCUGCUCCAGGCCUGGGCUUCACCCUGGCCUCAUGCCCUGCCCAGCACCUGUGUGGAGGGACCUGUUCAUAUUCAUUCCUCUUUGGGGGCCAAGCUCAGGGCACCCGAACCAGCAGCCUUGGGUGGCUGAACCUAGUGGGACAGAAGGGAGGCAGUUGUAUCUGGCAGAGUCACCCAAGGCCACAGGCCUGAGCAAAGCAGGAGAGCGGGGCAAGCUGGGGUCAGGGACCAUGGUGCUGGCCCCCUGCUGCUCUGGCCAUGUGGGAGGCAGCUGGAGGGGUCCCAAGUGGCAGCUCCUGCCAGCCUACCCCGGACUCCUGAGCCCAUCGUCCUGUACUCUUCUCCAGUGGGACAUCUGGCCCUCACUGUGGCUAGCUUCUGGGCAAGUCCCUCUGCUCAAGAUCACUUUAUGGGGCGGCUGGUGCCCCCUGGGGCUCCCACACUCUGCACAUACAAUUUAGGGACCUGGCAGGGUCUUGGUGGCCUGCAGCUUCCCUUUCUGGAACCGACUUGCCUCCCAUCAGAGAGCCAUAACUCUUCUUCAAUACAGUAUUGUUUGAACUUUGAAAUAUAUGGAUUUGUCUAUGUAUUUUCUUAAAAAUUAACACUGUAUCUCAAUAAGCAUACAAUGGAUUGUUCAAUUGUACAGUUUGGAACCAAUCCCCCGCCACUUCCCUCCCCAGGUAAAGCCAGGACAGAUGCUGGAGUCAGCACAGGAGCUGUGGAAACCUUUUGCCCUGGAGCCAGGUGCCUGUGGCUGUGCCUGGGAGUGGCUUCAGCCCAGGCUUGGUGUCAGUUUCCUGGCACCCCUGCCCAGUAGCCUGCAUGAAGGCAGCCGGGUCUCUCUCUGAGUGGCUGGUGCACCGGCUUAUUUCUGAGUGGCCUCCUGCGUGUGAAGAAAAAGCGGCCACGGGGCAUGCCUCCCUUCCUCAGCCCCUUCCCUCCCUUGCUUUCCUCUCAAAGAGCCAAGUCACACUGCACUGCGCUCCGUGGAGCCUUUCCCAAUGGAGAAGAGAAGGGAGGCCUGAGAUGUCCUUUGCUGGUAUGUGGAGAAACACCAUCUAUAUGAAAAGCCCCUUGCUUGCUCUGCUGAUUUUCUCCCUCCCCUGGCCCUGGAGAGAAAGGCUGUGCCAUUCAAAGACAGUUUGGGGACAUGGGGGCUGCAGGCCUGAUCUUAUUUUUAUGCAAAUUUUGUUCUGGGAGCAGUGGUUUAUACAAACUCCUGUAGCAUAAUUCCAGCUUGUGUGUGGCUGUCCUUGAGUAGUGAUUCUGAAGUGAUGACUGUGAUGCUAUGCCUAAAAACAUCAUCAGGGUACUUUGUAUCUGUCACUGUGUUUGAACGGCCCUCAGUUUCUAUCUAAUAAAACCAGUCAAAUGGUUCACCUAGCAAAGACUCUGUGGCUGUGGCUGUGUGUGUGUGUGUGUGUGUGUGUGUGCGCAUAUGUGUUUUUGUGUGUGUUUAUGGGGAUUGUGCCACACUGGGCUGACAGCAGCCCAGCCCAAUGUGCAGAGCUGCCAGGUAUUGUGAAGAGCCCAUGGCCACCCUGGGCACACCUUUGGGCAGUGUUGGGGGUACAUGAGAAUCAGGAGACCUGUGGGUGGCUGGCAGGAGUAGCUAUCUGACCCAGGGAGUAGGUGGGCUCACAGCAGGGGCUUAGAGCCCAGAUCAAGAUCAAGUUGAGUGGCAUGCUGAAUUGACAGUGUAUGAAGGUGUACAAUGACAUGGAAAGAGGAUUCUGGAGCUUCUGCAGGAGGACAGAGGGCCCCUGAGGGCUGGAGCUACCUGCCUUGAGGGCUGGAGCUGCCUGGGACAGGUGGGUUUGAGACACACUCAUAAUGGAAGCAGAUCCCAUGGCUAUGCAGACCUGCCUUUCUCUAAGCAAAGCAGCUCUAUCAAUGUCCAAAGUCACACUGAGGGCAUCUGAGUACUAAUUACCCAUUUGUAAAGAAAACAAACAAACAAACUUCAUUCAAUGCCAAUCUCCUUGAGUGUAUUUAAGACAGAAUUAUAUCAAAAGUUGUUUGCAUUUAUGUGCAAAAUACCGGGCUUGAGCCUGUUUGCCCCAUGAAAUGUAGUUAACAUUGCUUGGAGUCCCCAGAUCCACAUCUUGGAAAAGCCCAAAGCCUUCCCCAUGAUUUCUGCAAAUUCCUAGGGACUGGUGUUUCCAUGACUCCACUGCCUUCAGACUCCUGCUUUUGGGCAUGUUUCUGUUUUAUAUUUGUUGACCAUCCAGAUAUUAGAUGCAGCCCUUUCCUUGAUAUCUGUGAUGGUGUAGUGUGUCCCAGAGUGUGGUGGGAAGCAGUGGGAAAGGGAUUGAGACCACUUCAGACAUCCUGAAAAAGAGACAGCCCAGCCACCGGCCAAGUUUCUGGUGUGGACACUCCUCAUGACUUUGGCCUUACCCUACCUCUCUGGCCUCUCUCUUCCACCUCUUCCCUCUUGGCCUUCCUUUUCUCAUCUCUCCAUCUCCCCAUUUGUCUCUUUGGAGCUAUUGAAUCAUUCUCUGCUUGGUCUCCUGCUGAGCCUGGGUCUCUGCUCACCUUCUACCUUCCAAAGAUAUUUUCUCAAAGAGGACCAUUUCCUCUCUAAGAUGAAUUUUGGUGACAGCUAUAAGAUGUUCAAAUGUUUCAUUAUGACAAUUGUAAAAUGCCAGACACUAAAGCAAACAAUAACGGAACCUAAGGUUACUAUUGGAGGGUCAUCUCUGAGACCUGGGCAUUGCCCUUUUUUUUUUUUUUUUUUUUUUAGAUAGGGUCUCACUCUGAUACUGAGACUGGAAUGCAGUGGGAUGAUCUUGGCUCACUGCAACCUCUGCCUCCUGGGCUGAGGUGAUCCUCCCACCUCGGCCUCCUAAGUAGCUGGGACCAUAGGUGUGCACCACCAUGCCCAGCUAAUUUUUCUAUUUUUAUUAGAGAUGGGAUUUUGCCAUAUUGUCCAGGCUGGUCUCAAACUCUUGGGCUCAAGCCAUCCUCCUGCCUUGGCCUCCCAAAGUGCUGGGAUUAUAGGCGUGAGCCACUGUGCCUGGCCUGUCUUCUGUAUAUCAUAGUAAGAAAAAGAUCUGACGAACAGGGAAGUGGAACUUCAAUACAUAUUUUUGAAUGAAUGAAUGUAUGAACGAGCUGAAGAUUAAGGUGAUUAUAGUUUAAUAAAUAUUUAUCAAAUGCAUAUUAUUUGUCACUUCAUUCAUUCAACAAAUAUGUUUCGAACCCCUGCUUUAGGUCAAGCUACUUGAGUAUUUGAGAAUACAAGAGUUGCAAAUGCACAUUCAAUCACUAUGUUCAUGGAACAUAGUGUCUGGCCAGAGAAAUACAGGUAAUCAAAAAAACCUCACUGCUGAAUGUUUUCGUUAUAAACCAUACUACAAAGGAACAUGCAAGUGCUAUGAGAGGCUCAGAGAGGUAGCAACAAACUGGGAUUGAGCACCAAGGGGGGCUUCCCGGGAGAGACAGGGUUAGCUAGGUGGAGUUGUGGGGGAUGCAAUUCCAGGCGGGAGAGAGCCUGGGACCCUUACGGAAGGCCAGCACGCUCCUGCCCAGAAAAGGAGGGGGACAUGGUGGGAGAUAAAGUUGGAGAACUGGACAAAGGUGAGACCCUAUGGGGAAAGGUGGCCCCAUAACUGAUAUUGAUUUUGAUUUUAAGAGAAUCAGCUAGUCCUUGAAGGGUCAUAAAGAGGAAGAGGACAUGAUCAGAUUGACACCGAAAAAUCUCACCCUGCUGCAGCGUGAAAUGUGAAACUGCUGAGGCCCAGAGUGUUUGAAAGGAGGCCAUUUAGGAGGCUGCUGGUGGUGGUGAGGACCAGGACGAUGGGUGAUGUGGGAUGGAGUGAAGGGGACAGGGCUGAGAGCCCCCCAGGAGCCAGAUGGAUAAGGAGGCCAGUGACAGAUGAUGAUGGGGGUGGAAGAGGAAAGGGCUGUGUCAAGGAUGAUGCUUCUCAGCAGGGGCACAGAAGUCUAAGACAUCAGUCCCACUUGAGAAUGGGAUUGCUUGCUGGAGGAGAGAGACCAAUAUGUAACCAGAUAUGAAGUGGGCAGUUUCAACCAAUGCAUCAAGCUACGAUAAUGCCGCUCUGUAAAGGAGGCCCUAGACCACGUACAGAGCUUUCAGACAAAUCAGUCGAAAACCAGUUAAACUGUUCUUGGGCCCUUCUUGAAGAUUAAAGAUAUAAAAGGGAUGACAGAAUGCUGAUAGAAUCAUUGGUUUUUUUUUUUUUUUGAGACAGGGUCUUGCUGUGUCACCCAGGCUGAAGUGCCGUGGCACCAUCAUGGCUUAUGGUAGCCUUGGACUCCCAGUCUCAAGAGAGUCUCCCACCUCCGCCUCCUGAGUAGCUUGGCUCAUUUUUUAAUUUUUUGUAAAGAUAGGUCUUACUGUGUUUCCCAGGUUGGUCUCGAACUCUUGGGCUCAAGUGAUCCUUCCUCUUCAGCCUCCCAAAGUGCUGGGAUUAUAGGUGUGAGCCACCGCACCUGACCCUCAUUGAUUUUUUAAAAGGAUUUCAUGGAGAAAACUGGGCUAGGAACCCCAUCCUCAAGGUAGAGGGUUGGGGGUCAGUGCUUCCUCCUGACUCCAGGCUUAGCGAGAAGGGCUUCCACAAGGCCACCCAGAGAAUUGGCCGUGGAUUCCCCCAGUUGGGUCCCAGAGCACUGGAGCUGGAGCCCCACUCUGGCCUGAGGAAGCUGAAGGGGCCCAGAGCAGCAGAGCUGGGCUGAUGGAGGGUCAAAGCAGGAUCAGUCCUGGUGGCGGGGAUGUAUGCUCAAAAGUCAGCCAGAGGUCUUUAGAAAGGAUAAGGGGACCUUGGCAGUGGGAGGCUGUGGGGUGUAGUUCUGGAGCAGAAGUGAAGGUGGGAUCAGGAGAGGCCCAUGUCAGGGGAUCCUGGUCAGAGGGGAGCCUGGGAAAACCCACAGGCAUUCCCACAGAAGAGUUGGCUUUAAACAUCCAUGAGGACCACAGGAAUACAUAGAGUCCUCUCACGAGAGUGACCCAACCCUGCGAUGGGGGUGGCUGGGGCAUAUGUCAGAAUCUGCAACUACCAAGAGCAGGAAGAGGUCAGCAGGACAGGAGGUGACUGGCCCCUUCCCUAGGCAGCAGCUGAGCUGCCAGGCCUGGCUGAGGAAGAGACAUGGAACAGGCUGAGUUUCAUGAACAUCCAGCGUGGGCUCCUACAGGCUCUAUACAGCUCUAAUUGUUGACUUGAGACAAUAUUCAUCACUUACAGGGUCUGUAAAACUUUUAAAUGAUCUGAAAGUGAUCCACCAAACAGUCACAGAUCUGUUCAAGAUUUUAUCUAGUGUCAAGGGAAGGACUGUUCUCACUAAGCAAAAACAAAUGUGCUUUUUAUCAUAUCUGGGAGUCCUGCUUGUUGGAUGUACUGUGUACAGAAGUAAUUACAAAAUGAUGAGCUGUGUGCAACAAUUGAGGUAUGAGUGAAGGAGGGAGGAACUUGAGGAGCAGAGGAAGGUUUUACAGAAGUGACUGCUGACUGGGCCUUGGAUUGCAUGUUGGAACUUGCCACUGAGGGAAGGCAAGGCAUUACAAGCAGAUGGAUCUGAAUCUGAAAAGUCAGCAAGAAAUGAGUUUGCACGUGGUCACACAGGGUGGGGUGGGGGGGCGGUGUAGAGGACAGAGGCAGCACCAGACUUUGGCGGAGACUUUGCAAACAGGGCUAAGGAAUUGGUCAUUUGUUUCCUGAAAGAGAGGGUAACAAGGAAAUAAUGUGUCCUCACAUCAAUUUUCUGGAGAAAUGAUUCUUGCAGGUGCGCCGUAGGAAUUCCAGCCUGAGUAAGGUAAGAGUAAUUUGCUGGGCGGCCAGUAGGGGUAUGAUCCCAGUGAGAGAGGCAGGAGGAGAGGACUAAGGCAGUGGCACUAGGUAGAGAGAGGAGGGGUCCAGUUACAAAAAUGGGGUCUGUUUGCCAUUGACAAUGAGGGGGCUGUGUGUGCUUUUGAUCAUAACAGUGAGGCCAGUCAGGAGAGGAGUGGGGUUGGUGGAAAUGGGGUAGGUUGAAGCCAGUGUGGUUGGAUAACGGGGUGAGGAUGUGAGAGCCUGCAGGCCUUGGAGACAGGUUAGUGUUUUGUCCUAAGGUCAGGGAAAGCCACUGGAGCGCAUAAGCUGGGGAGAGACACGAUCUGAUUUAUUUUUAAUAAAAUCUGCUUUGAGCAGAGUGGGUUGGAGGGGGGCAGAAGUGGUUGAAGGCUCACUGUUCUAACACUGAGUAGCCGAACCCAGGGAGAAGGCUUCCCCAAAGUGGUUUUGGGAACUAACAUUUCAGUGAACCAGAAAACCAUCAACCUCACAACACUGCAUCACUCUCUUCCUCCCAGAGGAAGAGAUGCCUCAUUUUGAGACGUCAGACUAACUAGUUACCUUGAGAAAUAAGGGGCACAUGGUUGGUGGGGAGCUGUGGUAGGAGCCGGAGCUGCCAGGACAUGCAUGUGUGUUAUUUGCAUUGACGUAUGCUCACUAUCACCACCUUCCCACUACAUAUUUGUAAUUCACUCAUUCAUUUACUUUUAAAGGCCACGUUCCUUUUCUGCUAGGCACUUGAGGUACACAGGACUUGCUUAGAAAAACCGAAGUCUGAGGGAAAAAAUAGGCAAUUGGGAUAGAGUAAAUGAUUGGUCUCAAUACUUCACCCCUCACUGUGUCCACACCCCCUGCCAUGUAACUUUAUAGCCCCCAAAAUAGAGAGCACUUCCUUGCCUCUUGACUCUGGGCUUGGCCAUAUGUGUUGAUUUGUUUAUCCAAAGGGCAUCAGCAGAUGUGAUGUAACUAAAAGGCCUCCCAGGUGCUUGCAUUUCCAGGGUCACUCCUGUGCAUUUCUACCAUGGCCAUGAGAAAGCUUGCCCUGGGUGGCUGGUGUUCCUUCAGGCCGGCCCCAGAUUGAACCUGUUAUAGGACCAAUAGGUUCAUAUGCCUACUGUGCGGUCACAAACCAAUUACACCAAGGCAGCAGGAUUUGCAGCAGAGAAAGAGUUUUAUGAUCAUAGGGCACCAAGCAAGGAGUUGGGAGGAGACCCUCAAAUCCAUCCCCCCGAGGAGUUCUGAGCUGGGGCUUUUAAGGGGACCAUGGAGGGUGAUUCCUUGGUAAGUCAGCUUCUCCUGGGGUCCUUCAGAUCAGCUGACAUCAGUAGUUUCACUGGUAUGCAGGACCUGAAAGGAGUAUCUCAAAGGGAAAUCUUCACGUUUUAUAAUGUUCAGAUUGUUGGCAAUAGGGCAGUUAAGGGGAACUAUGCUCUUGUAAAAGAAAAAUCUUCAUGUUUUAUAAUGUUCAGAUUGUUGUCUAUAGGGCAGUUAAAGGGAACUAUGCUCUUGUAAAAGAGAAAUCUUCAUGUUUUAUAAUGUUCAGAUUGUUGGCAAUAGGGCAGUUAAAGGGAAUGAUGAUCUUGUAACAGGAUCUAUGUUAUUCUGAGGCAACAGGUAAGGAACCAUGAGGAGUGGGUCAGAGAGCAAGCUGACUUGCUGAUGAAUGCUGAGUGUGCUGCAAGCUUGGUUUAUUUUCAUUUCUCCCCCUCCCUUCUUUGCUGAUUAAUUUUAUAAAGUUUAUAGGGAUGGUUUCAAACUCACGUAGAAAAGAGUUGUCCUGGCCAUGUUCAGCUGGUCCUAUAGAUUGAGGCAGACCUGCCAGCUGAGCCCAGCAUAUAUAUGUCCUCCCAACCCAGCCCCAGAUAUGUGAGAGGUAACACCAUGCCACUGAGAUUUGUAUGCUUGCUUGUCGUGUGGCAAUAGCUGGCUGACGCGGGAAUGCACACAACAGCUCUAACGUGAGCGUGAACUAAAGCUUGCAGAAGGAAAGCACCAGGCACGUUUAGAAAACAGGGGUUUCUUCUGUUUAUUCACAGUGUGGGUUUCAUAUGGAGAAGGUUGGUCAGAUUAUAGAGGGUCUCUGCUAUCAGCUUGAGGAGCUAGAAUUCUAUUAGUUUCAUAGACAUUUGUUAUCUUGGUAAUCCAGCAUCUGAAUCCCCUUCUAAAGUUUGAGAAGAGCACAGCUCCCAACAUAGCAGUUGGAAAGGCCAAAUACUCUCUUUCCCAGCCUCCUUUCCAGCAAGGCUGUGGGCACAUGACUUAGGCUCGGCCAAUCAGAUGCUCUGGCCCCAGACUGAAUGGCAGAAGGCAGCAGAAUCCAUUCUGGUGAGGGCGGCACAAACAGGCAGCCGCUGUGGCUCUAGCAGCAACAGCCAGUGCUGAAGCUUGUGGUGCACACUGUACAGCCAGGCCCAGCAUUGGUGGAAGUCGGGUCCUCUCUGGACCAGCAUGAUUCUAGGCAUCAUUUCCAGAGUGUAGGUCUCUGGGACAUUCUGAGAUCCACCUUCCAUCAGCUUAAAAAAAUAAUUUUUCUACUUAAACUAGCCAUUGUUGGUUUCUGUUGCUUUUAAUCCAGAACUCUGGCUGAGAAAAUUCAGUUGCCAUGGGGCGUAAGCAAAGGUUUUUGAGCUGGAGAGGAAUAUGACCAACGCCAUCCAGCAGCAAGAGAAUGUACUCCAAGGAGAAGGAGACGGGCGCAACGAUAUCAUUUUGCACAUUUGGACAUGUCUGUGCACAUGCAAAUGGUCAUUGGAUGAACAACCUCUCCCUAUUAUCAUAGGCUUGGGGUCCCACCCAAGUAAUCACCCUGUCUGUCCUUUGUGCUUUUAUCAGUACACAAGAAACCGAUGGGACGCCACAUCUCAGCUUUAUCAAUUAGUACUCCUCACCACCACUGCACAGUUCAGGGCCUUAUGCUAUGCCUACUGAGGCCUCCUACCUCUCCUCAAAUCUAGACCUUGCACUGGGAUGAGAAGUGGGUCUGCAAAGCAUGCCCUGAGCACCCGUUCACAGCCAGCUAUGUGCAGGAUCCUCACACCAAGGAGCUGGGGUGGGAGUUGAGUCAAUAGCCAGGCCUGCACCAUGGGCGUGACCCAGACAGGCCAUCACAUGGAGAUGGAAAGGCAGCAGAUAAGGCCACUUCAGAGAGACAGGGUGGAGCCCAUGUCCUGCUUCUGAGACCAAGCAAUGCCUCUUCAUGCUUCCUUACAGACCAUUCCCUCCCACUAGUCCAGCCCUUGGCAACCAUAGGCUUCUUUUUUUUUUUUUUUUUCUCAGACAGGGUUUUGCUCUGUUGCCCAGGCUGGAGUGCAAUGGCACAAUCACAGCUUAUUGCAGCUUAUUGCAAUCUCCACCUCCCAGGCUCAAGUGAUCUUCCAGCCUCAGCCUCUUGAGUAGCUGGGAUUACGGGUCUGUGCCACCAGGUUUUAAACUUUUUGUAGAGACGGGAUGUCCCUAUGUUGCUGCUAGUCCCAAACUCCUGGGCUCAAGCGAUCCUCCUGCCUUGGCCUUCCAAAGUGCUGAGAUCACAGGUGUGAGCCACUGCACCCAUCAGGCCUGUUUUCUGAUCCUAUAGUUUUACCUUUUAGAGAAUGUUACAUCAAUGUAAUCACACAGCAUGUAUUUUUUCUGACCGCUUUUCUGCACUUAGCGUAGUGCUUUCCAGAUGCAUCCAUGUUAUAGCAUGUUUCCUGACUCCCUUCCUUUCUAUUGUUGAGUAUUAUUGCCUGUACAGAUGUACCUCAGUUUGUUUACCCACUGGCCAGGCGAUGAACGCCUGAGUUGUGUCCAGUUUUUGGUUAUGAAUAAAGCUUCUAUGAAUAUUUACAUACA